CACCGCACUGAGCGGACGUGUCUUGUUCACAGAUGGCAGCUAUCGACAUGCUGGCUUCGGAACAGAUGUUUUACGGCCACAGCCCACCGGCCGGCUUUCUGUCUGACUACACGCCGCCCGUACGGAGACAAGUGAAGCUUACAUCCAGGGGUUACUCCGCCCCGUGCCUCACCGCGUCACCGUUCAAACCUCUGCAGCUAACUUUGAAGAAUGCAACACGAUCGUGCCUGAGAAUGCCAACGGAGAAAAAAAACAAGAAAGUCGUCUUCGCUGAUGACAGAGGCUUGGCUCUAGAACAAGUCAAAGUUAUGACGGAGCCUUCGCACGUGCCGCCCUAUUGGGCGUUAAAAGUGGUAGCCAGCCCACCGCCCGAAAGGAAACCACCACCGGCACCGACCGCCGAUUUGUGGGAGAUCAGAUUCGUGCAACCAGCUUCAGAUUACGUAGAGUUCAGACGCCGUAUCACCGAAGAAUGUGUGUCAUUGGAGAAUGUUAUAGUGAAACAGAACGAGUGCGCCGUAGAUGGGACUGUGAAGGUUAAAAAUCUGGAUUUCUCCAAGGAGGUUUUCGUGAGGACGACUUCUGACGGCUGGAGAACUAGUGAGGACACUUACUGCGCCUUCGUCGAAUCGGGACCUGUGAAUAAAAGUGGAAAUUCCAUCUACGAUACAUUCGGGUUCAGACUCCAGCUUCCAGUGCACUCCAGAAGGCUUGAAUUCUGUGUAGGAUUCCGUUGCUCAGGACAGGAAUACUGGGACAACAAUCAUGGCAGCAACUACACCAUAGAAAGAGCUUCUGUGAGGAAUGCGCCCGGCGUAGCGACAGCCAGGAUCAAAUUCGGCAAUUCCUGGACUGCUAGGUCGGGCGGCAACGGCACUGUGCCGUACUGGUGAUGUGCUGUAUUGAUUUGAAGGUUAUUGCCUGGUUAUCUGUGAUCUGGUGUGCCAUAAGUGCUCGUGAUCAUACUUGGGAAGCUGGAGUUAAGCUAAUGGACGGCAACGACCGGUGAGUAACAUUUUAUAUGGUGCUGAGAUCAAACAAUAAUGGCUGGACGUAUCAAUAUCAGAAUGUAUUUUGCACGCUAAUUAUACUAACUGCGAGUAUGAGCAAAUGAAAUUUGUUAUCGGCAGGGUUGUUAAUAGAUUUUAUUAACAAUGAAGGGUAUUCAAAGAUUGUUAUGUUGAGACACGGAGCUGUGUUUGCCAAACAAUUAGCUGGUAAUGAGAGAUAAUUACUUUAGGUAUUCUCAAAAUACAUUUGUAUAUAGAGUGAAAGACAUUCCAAACCCCGUUUUCGUUCGUUUUUGAGACAGUUGCGAUUGGUGCUGCAUAAUUUAGUCAAAUUGAAUAAUAUCUGUUAUUGAAUUCGCGUAAUUAUAAACGAUUUGUUGCAUCUGUCAUUCUCAUUCGUUCGUGUUAAAAAUACUUUUGAUCAAAUGAUUCAUAGUGUAGAUUAAAUACAUUAUCAGUAUCUGGGUUUUUGGUAGGAAAUGACUAUUCGAUAAGGAAAGAUUAUUCCAUUACAAUGCCAAUAGAACAUGCAUGCCAGUUAAAUUAACUUAAUUAAGAUGUCUCGUAAUAAUUUUCUACACGUGCCAGUAUGUAAUAUGCAAGUCCUCGACCUUCUUGAUGUUAUAUCGAUCUACAACAGAGGUUGGUUGUGUGCCAAGAGCACAGACGAUAAAAUGCGUCAUCCAAAAUCGAGAAGCUAUACUUAGAAACUGCCCCAAAGUAAACAACAAUUUCAAUUUAUUUUUACUACCUGUUAAAAAUAGGUACCUAUGCCAAUUGUAGUAUAGAAUGGAUGGUUGUACUUUAUGUAAUUUAUAGUUCGUGAUGCGAAUGAAAAUACCUAUUAAAUAAGUAUUUAAUAGGAAUUUUAGUAAGUACAAGAAGUUGAAGAAAGUACUUUUCCAAUCCAACGAAAAAUGUUCAAUGUUGCAUUAAAGCAGCUUCGAGGCAAAAAAUAAUUCUUCCAUGUAACCAGAAUUUAGUACAUGAAAUCGCUAUAGUUACAUUCCGAAUUCAGCUCAAAUUUCUCCUCGCUCUUUAACACAGACUAGGUAAUCUUCAAAUUCAAAUUGCAGCAUAUUACAACUUUCUUGAAAUGUGUAUAUUUUUUCCCUAUUACCCGUUAAGGCCAUUUUUAUCGGUGGAGAAAAACGAGCGACUUUCGUCCUGAGAGCUAUUAAUUUUUUCAAAAAGUUGAAUUGAAACGAUUUUUUCAUAACCACCUAAUCUUUUAGGUGAAGGAUAGGAUUUCUUGAAUAUAUUUGAGUUGUUUAUUUUUGUUAAGGAAUAAUAAUAUUAAACAAAAUGAUCUGGAAGCUUUGGCAAACACAGCUUUGGCGGUGAGAAUAUUUUCUCACUAUGUAAAAGACUGAAUAAUGUAAAUAAAAUACCAUAUUGCGUCUCAAUAGGUACCUACUAGUUCUGGUAAAUGCGAAAAGGGUGUAUUUUCUGAUUUUAUUAUUAUUUAUUUUUCAUAAGUAAAUGAAAACGAUAUAUUUUACUUCAAUUUAAAGUCAUGAUUGUUUGAACGUAUUUUGAUAGUAAGAUAUGCCAAAAUUGAGUUAAAUGUGUAAUAAUGGCGUAUACCUAAUUACCAUUUGGAGCAUUGUUAAUUUAAAAGAAAUUGUGUGAUUAAAAUAAAUUACUCAUAAUUUAUGGAGUAAAGACUAUUAGCAAAUUAUUAUUAUUGUUAAAGUUAUAUUUAAUGAAAUAAUUAUAUAAUCACUUGUUGAAUAACCUUGUAUGUAUAUAAAGCAAAAAUGAUUCACUUGCGUAAAUUCAGUUGUAAAUAUAAGAUUAUCAUGUUUUAAGAAUGCGUCAUAAUGACGUCAAAAUCGUCAAAUGACGUGUAACAGUCAAAGGGCGUGUCUUAUUCGAUAAUACAUUACGUUAACUGAUUCUGUUUAGAAUAUCGAUAUGAAAAUUAGAUUUUAAAUUGUAAAUAAUAAAAAUUUUAAUAUUUUGUAAUUUAAAAUAAAUAUUGUAUUAUAUGAAUAUUGCCAACAUGAAUGAAAAUGAAUGCCAUUAAGUAAACAUUUACAUUAUAAUAAUGCAGCAAUAAUGCUUUUCUUAAAAUAUAUAUAUAUAAAAAAAGUUAUUUAUGAAAAUAUAUUUAUAUACCUAUUCUUGUCAUUAUGUGAAAGGCUGUGGGAUUUUAUAUUAUAUUUACAAAACUGCCGUCAAAAAUUGUGUCCAGUCCCUCCAUACGCCAAAAAAGCAAAUUAGAAGCUGUAAAUGUUUAUGAAAUUUAAACUUAUUCUAGUCAUGCAUAACUAUCGAUAUUUUUGAUUUUAAUACAUAGUUUACCAAUGUUAUAUAAUAUUAUACACAGCAAUUCCAACGGUAACUUUUCCUUAUUAAACUUUAAAAAAGCUUUGGACGGUAGGUAUCUAUUAUUAAAUCAGGUUCCAGAUCUAUACUUACCAGGAAAUGGACACGAACCCAAUCCAAAAAUAUGUAGGAAUGUGUUGCUUCCACAUUCUAGCUAAUGGUUUAGGUGUAUUUCAGCAGCAUAGAGGAAAUAAGUAAAAAAAUACGCCAUUUGGUUACGACAAAAUAAGUUUCAAAUAAAUGAAAUAAAAUACUGUUUCACAGAGUUUCAGAUGAACCCGAAAUAGUGUUUUAUUUAAUACGUGGUUUGCGUGAAAACAUAAGGAAUUCAAUCAAAUUGUUAAGAAUUUCACAAUUACUCAACUGUAAAAAAAAAAACUUAAUGUAUUAUUUAUUUGUUAUCAAACUAUCUAUUCUGUAAUUUUAAGAAAACCUAAUGUGUCAAAAUGUCCCUUAAUUCUUUUAUUAAAUAAGUAAAUAUAAUAAUUACAAAAUGUAAAAUAAAUGCACACAGCUUUUUUUUAUUACAAAAAAUGUUCUUGUGUGUAUCUAUUUGUCUAUGUACUAGAAUAAUAUUGACGAAGAUUUUUAAAGAAAAUAAUUAGAUUUUUUUUAAUCUCUUCAAUGUUAUGAUGAAUAGAAAAUAAUCUUAUACAGCAAACAGUGGUCAGUAAUCGUCAUUUUGUCGUGCACUUUCCAAAUCUAUGUCAUUUAUUUAAGUUUACAGUAAAUGUUUUUUUUACACUUUAUGAGAUAAACAGAUUUGCUUUCGACUGUUGUCAAAUAUUAUGAUAAAAAAAGCAAAUAAAAAAAAACGGUCUUUUGAAUUAAAAGUACAUGUGUUCCUCUACACGAAUUUAAUAUAAGGUCUUGUUUUAAAAAUAUGUUCGUAUUUUUUUUCUUUUUCUUGUUGUAAAAUAAACUUGUAGAAGACGAAGAAUGCAAGUAAUUUAAGGUGGUGAAUGCAGUUUUCUCUAUUAUUUUAAAUAUAUGUCAAGUAUGUGUUUGUUUUGAAAGAACUGAUUACAAUGUAAAUUUUUGAAAUGUGCUAGCCAGAUGUUGAUUUUGUAAAUAAUAAUUUAAAGAUAUAUAAAUAAAUAUUAUUAGCAAAUAUUAUAUCUGUUUGAUGCGUAAUCAAAAUCAAUGAUGGAAACCC